GUGGCUGCAGCACUUAAUUAAUAAAAAGCCGAUAUAAAUUCCAGUAAGCAUGUGGGGAGGAGGACAUCAAGGCAGAGAGCAGUAGCAGCACUCCCAGCGAGCUCGGUGGAGCGGCGAGUGGCAAGUCCCCUCUCUGCUUGGAGAGGUCAGUGCUUACAAUGGGAAGGGUCUGGGGGCAUUGGGGGUGUGAUACCCAUGGCUGUGGGACUCCCCACAACAUGGAGGGGUCUCUCCCAGCAAAAAGCUUAGGUGGUUUUGCAGGGAUGGGGAGGUGAGGAGAAGCCAGCACAGCUCUGGGCUGCCGCAGCCAGGGCUGGAGUCCCAAGGCUGCCAAAGCAGCAGGCGCUGGGUUUAUGGGACUCAGCUGCCGGCAGCAACUGGGGGUCCCCCUCCCAGCCCUUUUCUUUCACUCCCUAAGAGCCCCCCUGCUUUUUACAGCUUUCAGGCCCCCAAAGCCUACAGCCUGACCCUGCAGUAUCUACUUUCACCCAGGUCAGCUCACCCAGUCCUUCCCCAGCUGUGCCUGGUGUGGUCCUCCUCCCUGCUGAGCCGCCUCCAGCCCAGCCUCGCCCUCUUCUCAGCAUUACAGCUUCACCUUCACCUUCCUCCCUUCUGUUGGAUCCCCCCAUGAGUGUGGAGGGGGAAGCAAACCCUGCGCUGGGGGCAGGUGAAAACCCCGGGCUGGUCCAACUGCGGGGACAUCUCCAGAUGAUAGUGUCCAUGUCCCAGGCAGAGGGGGCUUUGCAUCCAAACGCUUCCCACACAGAAGCUGUGCAGCCGAGUGUCAGUGGGUUUUUCAGGUAACUGGGUGGCACGGAGGGACUGGAGCCCCCUGUGAGGGUCUUGGCCGUGAUGUCCAGCCCAUCACUGCAGUCCUUAAGCAAAACUGCAUCUGUGCCUUACUUUAUCUUACACUUUAUCUUCUUAAAGCCCCACGUCUGUGUAUUGUGCCCAAACCAUGUGGUUUAGUUGCAAAAGGAGUUGUAGCAAAGCAGUUUGUCAUUUCCCAGGGACUUUCAGGGAGAUUUCUGUUGCAGCUGCUCCAGCUGCAAUGUGCAGGAGGUAUCUCGUGUUUCAGCCAGGUAAUGUCACUCCUGCCCAUUCCCCGGGGUUCCUGCCUGCCGUGUUGCAAACCCGCUGGUAAGGCUGGGCGCAGAAACAUGGCUUAAGGGCUGCCUGCUGGAGGGCGGGGAGAGAAAGCGGGACUGGGAGAGGGAGGCCUUACAAAGGAGGUGGGCAAGAAACAGGGAAGUGCUGGGCCAUGAGUGGUGGUGUCCUCAGCACUGCCGUCGAAAAGGGCACAGGGUGGAGCUGCUGGUGGUUACACAGCUGCCUCUGUGUUGGUACUUGGGGACCUCAUGAGAUCCCAGUGCUGGCUGUUGUCUGCAAGGUCCAAGCCCAGAUGCAGGCCAGGUGGUAAAUACUAACUUCUGGUCUUUAAAACUAGUGGCAUUUCCACAUCCUGUGAGUGCAAGUGCCUGGCAGGAGCCGUGUCGGAUGUUUUGGCUACAUCCCAUGAACAUGCAGGCAGUGAAUGCACAGCACCGCAAUGGUCUGGUGGCUGCUGAAGGCUGUGCGUGGGGCAGGGAGACCCUGAAGCUCUGCAAAAAAGAUCAAGUCUCAGUCCAUCCUCUGCUGCUCACCCCCCUCCGCAGUGAGAUCAUGAAUAUGCCUGCACGUGGGGUGCCCCACAGCACCACGGCACAUGCAUUAGCUCUGGAGGGUCCAGGCGAAGCUCCCAGGUUGUCCCCCAGGACCAUGCUGAAUGUGCUGCUGCUGUGCUGUGGGCUACUGCAGGGGAUCCAGGCCAUCCUCACCACCGACCUCAGCUGUGGCCACCUGCAGAAGGUGAGCGGUGGGCUGGAGGGGGCGGACAGAGCCCGCUACUCUGGCCUGCUACGGAAAGUCAAGGAGGUGUCUGCGGAGCCAGUGGGAGCUCUCCCCAGGCUGGGGCUUGAGCAGAUGGCCCUGGAGGUCCCAGAAGCUGACGGUGACCUUGUGCAGAGAGGCAGCACGCUGGAACCGCAGCAGUCAUCGUCCACAGAACUGCAAGCUGCAGGCCGCGAAGAGCGUUCCCCCCGCCGCUGCGUCCGCCUCCUGGAAUCCUGCCUUGGGCAUCAGGUCCCCUGCUGCGACCCCUGUGCCACUUGCUACUGCCGCUUCUUCAACGCUUUUUGCUACUGCAGGAAAAUCAGCAGCAGUUUCCCCUGCGGCAAGAACUAGCACCCAUGUCGUGGGGCUUCUUGCUCCUUGCCCAUAUGUGCUGCCUCCUCCU